GUCUGGAAAUUCAUUAAGCGUCGUCAGCACUGAGGGACACCUUGUGAGGGAGUCGAAGAAGACGACUUGAUGCGCCGUUUGUGUGGGCAGAGAGCAAGCGAGAGGAGGAGUAACCGCUAGGCACUUUUCGGGUAGAAUUGGCAAGUUAGGGCAGAGGUACAAGAGGAGGGCUGUAGAUUAGAGAGUUCACUCCACAGCGAUUUGUUUGCUCGUGUACAUUAUCCAUUGUCGUGUGCUUGUUAAUGUUCCAUUCGCACCCACGCCCGCAUCCUUCUCUUCUCACUGCAUGUCAGCAAAAUCACGUCUCACGCAUGCUUGGUGUUGGGCUCUGAGACACAGCGUGAGCGCAUGCUUGAGAACUUGCAGCGCGAACCCGAUCAGCAACUUCUCAUGAGAGCCCGUUGGACAUUUCUGUAUCAUAACAGCUGGGCUUGACAAGACGGGGGAAGUCAAAGCUCUUCUAUCAUCUGCGUGAUUAAAGUGAUCCCGGAUGAACCUGCUAACCAUCUUAUCUGCCAGGGCGCGACACCUGUGUUUGUGGGAUUAGUUGGGAGGGAACAGGGAUGGUCAGAUGUGUGCGCGUGGAUUAGGUCCUAAACACACAAGAAUUUCACAGGUGUUGCGGCGGGAUUAUGCAAACUCUCUUGAUGCAUGCAGUGACAUUACAGGCUUUAGGAAUCAGGUGAAUGGCAGAGUAUUAUCUCCAACAGAUUAAUUCUUAUCAAGCUAUGACGCUUGGGAUAUAAUUUAAUCAGCUGCUCCGGGAUUUGAAAGUGUUUAGAUCGACUUUUGAGGUAACCAAAGUAUAGGUGAAAACACUUUUCAGCAUUCAAGAUCACCCCUCAAUGACUUUGGCUCCCUCAUUGUGAACUGCGCACAGUGCCGAGUGACGUAGUUGCUUCUAAGAACUUGUAUUAUGAGACGCUCAAGCACGGAUGAGACGCCGUACCGGCGAAGUCCAUCUCUGGACAGCAAGCCGGACACACCGCCGUUCACCUCUGGCUUCCAUCGCUUCAGCGGAGAGUUUGAAUACAAGCGGCCACCGUUUGCGUUUGGCUUCACCACCACAAAGGGGCCACAGACAACCAAGGGCCGCUGCGCUCAAGGAAAGAAGUACGUGGUGUUUUACCUGGACCUCUCCUUCAUAUUCCUCCUAGAACUGCGGCGGUGCAGGAUGGCUGAAGGUUGUAUGAUGGCACUGCGAUAUGGGAUGGUCUUCUUCAACCUCCUCUUCUGGCUUGGAGGCUGUGGCAUACUGGGGGUGGGCGUUUGGCUCUCAGUGACCCAGGGAAACUUUGCCACCUUGUCGGCGUCCCUUCCCUCCUUGUCGGCAGCCAACCUGCUCAUCGCUCUGGGAACCAUCAUCAUGGUGAUCGGCUGCCUUGGCUGCGUGGGAGCCGUCAAAGAAAGCCGUCCUCUUCUGCUUGCUUUUUUCAUCCUUCUUCUGCUCAUCUUCUUCUUGGAAAUCCUGUCCAUCAUGCUGUUCUUCAUCUACCAAGAUAAGAUCGACCACUACGCCCAGAGGGAUUUGAAGAAGGGCCUCCAGCUUUUUGGCACAGAGGGCAACGUGGGUCUGACUAACGCCUGGAUGAUAGUUCAAACUGAUUUCCGCUGCUGCGGAGUGACCAACCACACGGACUGGUUUGAAGUCUACAAUGCUUCUCGUGUGCCGGACUCCUGCUGCCUGGAGUAUAGCGACAACUGCGGCCUGGACAACCCGGGAACAUGGUGGACAGCGCCGUGCUACGAGCGGGUGAAGGACUGGCUUAAUGAGAACCUGGUGGCCCUGUGGAUCUUUGCUCUAUGCACAGCCCUUACUCAGAUCCUGGGCCUGGUGUUCUCCAUGACGAUGUUCUGUCAGGCAGUCAAAGUAGAAACCUUCUACGCUUAACGCUCAAACUGACGUCCGCGAGCACAUCUACAACGUCCCUGCACUUAAGGUGGAUGGAUGCAAUUUCCCUCCUCUCGUUCUUUCUGACCUUCCUCCUCCGGUGACAUUUCGUCAGGGACGUUGUCACUUCGCAUCUUAGCCGCUCACUUUCAAACAAGCACAGUCUCAGUGUAAUGCGUUUCCUAUGAUUUGCUGUGUCAAAUACUCAUUUCUGUUAUUUUACCUAGCCGUAUAAACGGACGUGUGUUCAGCAGUGUUUUUAAUGUAUUUGUUUUAAAUUAUUUUGUUUUUAUGUGUUUCCAAAAGGAGAGGCUCAGUGAGAAAAGUGCACUGUUGAAGUGCUGCAAGUGCAUGUCCCCUGCGAUGGUGUCUAUUAAAUGUUUUGAUCUCUCGCACA